CGCGCGCGCACACGCGCACGGGGUCGACGCGCGCGCACGCCCGCCCUCGCACGGACCCCCGCGCGUCGCCAGGAGACGUCUCCGCCGCUCCCGCGCGCGACGGACCCCGCGCGCGGCGCGCCGCGAAGGCGAACCCUACGCGCCCUCGCGCUUUACGGCACCUCGGGGCGAUUCACAGAUCUCGUCGCUCGCGAUGGCGCCGCAACAAGCGAUAGACAACACGCAGCGUAGAAAAUGGGACAAAGAGGAGUACGCGGCGAAAGCGAAAGAGCGCGAGCGCCUGGAGGACGAGAAGGAGAAGAACGGCGGAAAGAUCCGCCCGCCCGCGGGGGCGAUCGUCGAGCGGAAGGUGCUCUCCGUGGACUCGGUGAUCCAACGAGACUACAAGAAGGAGCUCGAAUCUCGAGUGGGGACGAAGACGAUCGUGAACUUAGACACGGGCGAGGGCUUAGGGUUCAAGUGCGAGCAGACCGGCGUCAUCUUGCGCGACAGCAUCGCGUAUUUAGACCACAUCAACGGCAAGAAGCAGGCCAAGGCGAUGGGAAUGAGCAUGCGCGUCGAGCGAAGCACCGUGGAGCAAGUCCGAGCGCGGAUGGAGAUGAUCAAGAACAAGAAGGCGGAAGAGAAGAAGAACGGCGUCGUGGACUUCAACAAGCGCGUGAGGAUGGCGGAGGAGGACGAGGAGGAGAUCCGCGCGAGACGGGCGGAGAAGAAGAAGGCGAAGAAAGAGGCGGAGAAAAAGGCGAAGAUGGCGGACGCCCCGGACGAGGGGAUCGACCCGGAGAUGGCCGCGAUGAUGGGGUUCGGAGGGUUCGGGACGACGUCGCAGAAGAAGAGCUGAUCUGAUAGUCUGAGUCGGGAAGGAAAGACGAAACGGCGACCACUGGCUUCUCGCGAGCGAUUUAGAUCCCCAUUGCGAACGCGACCCUCCUCCUUAGCCG